UUCGCAGUGAUGGAAGUGAUGCAUUACUGCGUAAAUGAAGUAUGUAGCAAACGGAUCGCAUUCUUCUAGUGUAGUUUGUUUGUAAAGGAGCAGUGAUACAACGUCAAGAGAUCUACCUGUUGUUGAUACCAUUGUCACUAACACUCAUUCAUAGAUUAUUCAAAAGUCUUCAUGAUCCGAAAGAGUACCAUCAGUCGUCACGCUACCUGCAAAUUGAUCAAAUCGUCCAAGAAUGAUUGUACAUCUUGUUUCACUUGUUUGGAUUUUACUGAUUAUCCAGUCCGGAAAAACCCAAGAUUUUGAAAUAUUCGAAGCGUCACACGUGGCUUUGAUCGGAUGGACCAGACCAGAAGAUGGCUCGAUUAAGUUUGAUUGCACCGGAUCGUAUUUGGGAAGCAACGUUAUAAUGACCGGGGCUCGUUGUUUAGAACGAAAUGGAAUACGUGCAGAUGUCGUGCGACUUGGCGCAGCCAUUGGAUCUCCGCGAGAUUUCCACAUCCAGAAUGUGACCGUCCAUUAUCGCUAUCAGGCGGAAUAUUAUUAUCACAACAUGGCAAUCAUAUUUCUCACGGAGUACCCUCGGAAAGUGUCCGAUAAAUUCAAACCGGCCUGCAUUCUUUCUACAUUGCCCACGGCUGGAAGCAACGUGUAUUUGAUUGGCCGAAAUGCGGAAGGUGUUUUCCAGAAGACCCAUGUGGAACUGGUGAACUCAGAUAAAUGUCACGAGUUUUAUAGUCCUACAAAAAAGUUCAAAUACGGAGCCCUUCUGGUUUGCUGUAUGUGCGCUCGCAAUAUGACGACAACCAAGUGUGCAAGUGAACUCUCGGCCCCGCUUCAGAUGAUUAUGGAAAAACGUGGCAAACGAGUUCCCUUUCUUGUUGGACAGAAGACGAUUGGACGCUCGUGUGGCUCCAAAACGCCAGGGAUAUACACCAGGCUGAGCUCAGAUGGACACUUCCCAUGGAUUUCGACAGUAGCUGAAAUCAAUUUUAAAGACCAUGAUGCAUGCAUUGAACGCUAUUGAAGUAGACAUGCGUGAAUCGAUAUUUCCAUGACCAUGAUAAUAUUAAGUGAAGUGAAUAUACUCUAAUCGGAACUAACGGGACUAACACACAUAAAUAUAUUUUAUCACGUCGAAACAAAUAUUAACAUUACUAAAAAUGCAUUGAAAGUGUAUUGUAAAAUUAAAACCAGAAAAUGACGCAUGUUUUCGUUGUUGUGAAA